AUGCCAUUAGUUGUCCAAGAACAAGGUUCAUUCCAGCACAUUUUACGGUAUGUGAUUUAAUGGCUUGUUCCGCCUAAAAUUUAAGAGAGAGAGACGGGGAAUGUUGGAGCGAAAUGGAGGGCAGAAUCCAUCAACUGAUUGAACCCCUAGGAGGGAAUUUUAAGAAUAGAGAAUAUCAUAUAAGAGACAGCAUUGUAUUGAGACCAUGAUCAGAGCCUAUUGAAGCUUUAAAGGAGUUUUUGAGAAUAGUGACUUCAUUUUCGACCACACCGUUUGUUCAUCAAGAAUCAUCCACAACCACACGGUGAUCAUUUUUGGGAAAAUCUAGGAUCAGGAGAACCAUCUGUGAAAAUCUUCCCAUUAUCCAGUGAUGAACUCCUCAUUUGUGACCGCCCAUCAGGGUUUGCCUUGUGUGCUCUCAUAUUCAGCUUUGAACAAGAGUUCUCAAAUAUGCUCCAACCCCUUCCACGUGAAUCUCCAAAAUAGUGCUCCACUUUUGAGCUAGCUUUACUAACAUCCAUUUUCUUUUAGUUUGUUGAACACCAACAUCGAUGGUAGAAUCAAGAUCAUGUACGCCUUGACCAAGAUCAGAGGUGUCGGUAGAAGAUACUCCAACUUGGUGUGCAAAAAAGCCGAUGUUGACUUGAACAAGAGAGCCGGUGAAUUGACCCAAGAAGAAUUGGAGAGAAUCGUCACCAUAAUGCAAAACCCAACCAACUUCAAGAUCCCAACUUGGUUCUUGAACAGACAAAAAGAUCAAGUUGACGGUAAGGAUUACCACGUCUUGGCCAACAACUUGGAAUCCAAAUUGAGAGAUGACUUGGAAAGAUUGAAGAAGAUCAGAUCGCACAGAGGUAUCAGACACUUCUGGGGCUUGAAAGUCAGAGGUCAACACACCAAAACUACUUCCCGUGGUCGUUAA